AAAGAUUCACAUUUUCCUUGAGAUGGCCUUUUUCUCCUUGAAUCUUCGAGUCAAUUACUAUCCUACCUACUAGCAGUUCACUCACCCUCCCAGACUGGGUAUCUUCACAACACAAUGGCCCCUCCCACCCCGCGCCUCCCCAAAAUCACCAUCAUCCACCCGGACCUCGGCAUCGGCGGCGCCGAACGCCUCAUCAUCGACGUGGCCCUGGCCCUCCAGAACCGCGGCCACCGCGUCACGAUCUACACCUCGCACCGCGACAAAUCGCACUGCUUUGAGGAGGCUCGCGACGGCACCCUCGACGUGCGCGUCCGCGGCAACACCAUCUUCCCCGCGCACCUCGGCGGGCGGUUUCACGUGCUGAUGGCGAUCGCGCGCCAGGUGCACCUGACAUUCUCAUUACUCGGGGAGCAGCAGCAGCAGCAGCAGACUGAAGAGGAAAAUGGAGAGGAGGACGAGAUCUUUAUCGUAGACCAAGUCCCCGCUUGCGUCCCAAUCCUGAAGACGUGGGGUGCGAUGAGACGUUCGCACCCCCGGCAACGGAUUUUGUUUUAUUGCCAUUUCCCGGAUCAGUUGCUGGCCCGCAAAGAUGAGGGCGGGGAGUUGCUCCGCGCGCUGAAGACCUUGUAUCGGGCCCCGUUUGAUUGGUUUGAGGGGUGGGCGAUGAGUGCGGCCGAUAAGGUGGUGGCUAAUUCAAGGUUUACGAGGGGGGUGAUUACCGGGGUCUUUGGGGAGGAGAAGCUCGGGGAAUUGAGUGUGGUCUAUCCUUGUGUGGAUACUGAGGCUGGGAUGGGGGGCCAGGCCCAGGCGGAGGCGGAGGGGUUGGGUGCUACGGGGGAGAAGGUGUUGUGGGGGGGCAAGAAGAUCUUGCUGAGUGUGAAUCGGUUUGAGAGGAAGAAGGAUUUGGCGCUGGCGAUUCGCGCGUAUCAUGGACUGGGAAAGGCGAAGAGGGUCGGGACGAGGUUGGUUGUUGCUGGUGGCUACGAUCAUCGGGUUCAGGAGAAUGUGCAGUAUCAUAAGGAAUUGGAUCAGCUGGCGACUAGCUUGGGCUUGCAGACCGCCACGGCCAAAACGGUCGUCUCGGCGCUCUCGGUCCCGGACUCGAUCGAUGUGCUUUUCCUGCUGUCGGUGCCCACGGCCUUCCGCGAUACCCUCCUGCUGCAAGCCAAGCUGCUCCUCUACACGCCUGUCAACGAGCACUUCGGGAUCGUCCCCGUCGAGGCCAUGCGCGCCGGCAUCCCGGUUCUUGCGUCGAACACCGGCGGGCCGCUCGAGACUAUUGUCGAGGGAGAGACGGGCUGGCUUCGGGAUGCGAAGAACGACGCUGAAUGGACGGCCGUCAUGGACAAGGUGCUCUAUGAGAUGAGCCAGACGGAACUGGACCGCAUGUCGGCUGUCGCCAAGAAGCGGGUCGAGAGCGAGUUCUCCCUCACUGCCAUGGGUGAGAAAUUGGAAACUGAGAUCACCGAGAUGCUUCGCAAGGAGAGGCGGCCGUUCAGUGGGUACCAGCAGGUCCUCGUGCCUCUGGCUCUGCUAGGCGCUGUGUUUGCCCUCUUGGUCGGCUUGCUUCUCCGGCUGCUUUGAUUUGGUUUGCUCAUCUAAUACCCUUUCUGCUCUGCAAUGUAUACUAGGAAUGUCUAUUACUCGGGGAAAUACAACUGAGACUGGG